AUGACAGUUGAAGAAGAGACUCCUGCAAUUCAAAAUCUGCAUCUUUCCGAGCCUGAUGCGUCCCAUUCCGAAGAGGAUGCGGAAGAUCUUGCUGCGGAGAACGAAGCACAAGAGAACGACGCCGUAACGCGUGGGUUCCCAGAGGGAGUCGUGGUUUUACCUGACGAAUCUCCCGAGCAAUUUGAUGCUGACGACGAUCUUACGUCUGCUUAUGCAGAUGAUGUAGAGUACAUUGACCUGAUCCACUUGAAGGUGAAGUCAUUCGAGGCACUUGGACUAGGCCGUUUCCAGCAACUAAAAGGACUCUGCUUGCGUUCUAAUCUGCUGGACUCAAUAGCCGGAGUCAAAGUACUCAAUGAAGAAUUACUUGAAGAUCUUGACGUGUACGAUAAUCGGAUCAACCACAUAUCCAAGCACAUCAACGCGCUCACCAAACUGACCAGUUUGGACUUUUCCUUCAAUAAGAUCAAAAACAUCAAGAAUAUCGACAAGCUGGUUAAUCUAGAGUCACUUUAUUUUGUGCAAAAUCGGAUAUCAGAGAUUACCGGAUUGGCAACAUUGAAAAGAUUGCGGAUGUUAGAGCUUGGGGGAAACCGGAUUGAGGUGAUCAGCGAUACUUUACUCCAAUUGCCAGCUCUGGAAGAGCUAUGGCUGGGCAAGAACCGGAUUAAGAAGUUGGAGAACUUGGGAGCUUUGAAGAACCUGCGAAUUUUGUCGAUUCAGUCCAAUAGGUUGACCAAGAUUGAAGGAUUGGAGGAGUUGGAGAACCUGGAAGAAUUAUAUCUUUCCCACAAUGGAAUCUCCAAGAUUGAAAAUCUCGAGAAGAAUACGAAACUGAAAACUAUCGAUAUCACAUCCAAUAGGAUUUCUGAUCUAGAUGGACUUUCACAUCUGACAAAGCUGACAGAUCUGUGGUGUUCGUACAACCAGAUUGCGGAUUUCGGGCGCCUAGAAUCGUUGGCGAAAUUACCAGAGUUGGAAACGGUUUAUUUCGAAGGCAAUCCUAUCCAAUUGCAGAAUCCACCUGCUUAUCGCCGCAAAGUUAGGUUGAACUUGGGGCCUGGUAUAAAGAAGAUUGACGCGACGUAUGUAACUGGAAAUCUGUAA